AUGCCGAACUCCCCGGACUCCCUGGGCUCCUCACCCAAGCCACUUGAGGUGAUCAUCGUCGGUGGUGGUCCCUGUGCCUUAGCCACCGCCAUCUCCGUAACACUUGCAGGGCACAAGGCAACUAUUUUCGAGGCAGCCGAAAAAGCCCAUUCGUUCGGUGCUGGACUCCAAAGCUCGCCGAAUGGAACCCAGCUCUUCUCGAGAUGGGGUCUUUACGAUAUUCUGAAACCAGUGGCAACAGCGCCCACGUUGCUACAUAUACAUAGCCUCGAUGGCAGACCCCUUGCUCGGCGAGAAAGCUAUGAAGACGAGGUCCUUCGUCGAUACGGGUCUCCGCUGUGGACCUUUCAGCGAGUUGACCUGCAGGCUGGUCUACAUCGUAGGGCUAUCGAAUUGGGGGUUAAUAUAAACUACUCUUCCCGUGUUAUAGAAUUUGCUAGCUCUAGGCCCGGUAUUGAGCUCGAAAACGGAGAGAGGCACCAUGGAGAUCUUGUGGUGGUUGCUGAUGGAACAUGGUCUACCUUACGAUCUAAGGUGCUCGGAGAGCCAAUCAAUCCUCAACCCACUGGUGACAUGGCAUACCGCAUAGACAUUGAUCGAGCACAAAUACAAGAUAAAGAGUUGUUAAAGUUGAUGAGCCUGCAACAGAUCCGACUUUGGGUUGGACCUGGUUCAUUCGCUGUUGGAUAUCCUGUCGGAGGGGGCACGAAAUUCAGCGUCUUGUUGCUACUACCAGACAAUUUUCAAACUGGAAAUUCAAGCGCUAGUGCGAUUAUCGAAGAGAUGAGGAAGCGCCUUAAAGAUUGGGAUCCCAUAUCGAUGAGCUUGACAGCUAUGCUUGAUGUCGUGCGAAGAGUAAACAAAUGGCGGUUAGUGCAUGGUGAGCUAUUCAUACGGGGCAAUUAUUCGAGCGAGGAGAUUUCACUGACCAACGAUAUAUCCACAGUGCCUCCGCCCCCAACUCUGCUUGCUUCACAGACGAUGUGCGUACUCGCAGGUGACUGCGGUCAUUCCAUUCCUCCUUUCUUGGAGCAGAGUCUCAAUCUUGGUUUGGAAGAUGCAGCAACACUUGGAUGUCUACUUAGCCAUGUGACGUCUCUAACGCAGCUCCCGAGAGCUACUGCAUUAUACGACCGCUUGAGAACAAGCAGGGCCAGGGAGCUGCUCGAGGAAACCGAAAUCCAUGAGGGCGAGUUGCGAAUGGCAAAUGGAAAACUCCAAAUGCGCCGGGAUAAUGAAAUGGCGGAAAGUUUAAACAAGGACAAUGACUGGAUGUAUCCAAAGAUACAGGAAUGGAUUUGGUCAUAUGACGCAUAUGAGGAGGCCGAGAAGGCGUACCUGAACGAGCCGUACUGA